AUGGGGCAUGUUGCGAUCUCCCCGGUUCCUGACACUCGCAGUCACGCGCUUCCCUCGCCUGCCGAUGUGCUCGACACCCCGCCAGAGCAACCUCUGACCUUAGCACAAUCACCGGGCUUCUUGAGACGUGCCUUGCGCUUUGAUGACUCUACCGCUGCCCUCCAUCCUUUACCCGAACCCGGCCAUGUCGACGCACAUGCUGUCACAACACCGCCUGCCAGCGACACGCCUUUUCCAGACAUGAAUCUCAUUGUAGGUGGGGCCCUUGCACCUACCCACACAGCACCACCUCGACAUUGUCGGCCUUCGCGACCAAGCCCAGCAGGCCUGCGUCUGCCAUCCUUCCAGGCGCUAGGAAUCGCCGCUCCUCAUCCGGAUCGCUUUGGAAGCCUCAGUUUUCAGAGCGUGGCAGCCCUGGAAAUGGAUGGAACUUCAGCAAAUCUUGCGCGUGAAGAGCCCGACACCGACCUUUCAGCAGCAAUAGGCGCAGGCUACCUCUCACCCUCGCAUCUGGGACCUCGAUUGGGAGAGAAGCCUAGUCUCGCAGGUGGACGAGCGGUCGUGACAUCUAUCAAACACGAUGUCGCGACCCUUACUCCUCCAGCUGAGAUCGGCGAGAUGCAGAGGCUGUCCGUGAGAAGCGUGUCCAAUGCUCCGAUGGACUCGCCCUCGACAGACCCAACAUCAUCCUUCGAGGAGUCGCAGAGUGCUGCUGGCGGGGCAGCAGCAUCUGGAACAGAGCCUUCCGAGAUCUCGACUGCGGCAUCGCAGCCCUUGUGGCUAGAUGGUGCUGUCAAUGUCCUACUGGAGAACUUGCGAACAGCACCCAUGCCUAGUAACCCUCUCAGGGUACUCUCACAUGCACUUCCCAGCCCUUCGCCUGAGGGACACCUAUACUCGAAGGUUAUUCAAGCGAUCCACGGAUCCACACCCACUUCACCUACCAUAUGGAUCAACGUAUUCCACGCGAUACAAGGUCGCUUCAACUUGGCCGACUUACCUACCUCUCCUCCAGCAACACCUGGUCCUCCGAUCGAUGGAGACGACUAUUUCACACAGAAAGUAUUCGACAGUGCCGUUCCGAUAUCCGACUACCAAGAAGACCUUUCUUCGUUACCACGAUCGCCGCGACCUGUCGUCCCUCCUUCAUCAAUAAACAUUUCGAUCGUCGAACGAUACAUCCCGCCGACCAGUGCAAAUGAGUUCCGAGAUAUGUUCAAUCCGAGCGGGCCUUCGAUAUUGGUAGACCGACUCGUCGAGCUUUCGCCGAACAAUGGCAGCCUGGUCUUCGUGUACCCGACAAAGGCAGGUGCCGAUCGUUUCAUGAGGGAGUACCUUGGCCCUAUCCUUGACCCAAUUCUGCGGACGAUCCAGGUCACCAACGGACUGUCGUCUGAUCUCGGUCGCACUCUCGGAACUAUGGCAGCUGCCAGUCAGUUAUCUAGUUACGAUCAGAUGCUGCGCUCAAUGACAAGGCUUUGCACGACUCUGACACAACGGAGCUCGAGCAUGGAGAGGUUCCAUGGGCGAAGAGCCACCUUCUCCCUUGCGCACGCGUCGAAGGAAGAAGUUGUGGUGAAGCGCGAGGUAUGGACGAAGGACUGGUGGGCUAAACAAGAGAAACAACGGAUACGCGACGCGAUGGCCAAGUAUACACAAGAAGCCCAGAAGAAAAGCAGCAACGAACAUGUCGAGAGAGCACCAACACCGACAGAGCUCCUCCAGCAGCUGUUACGCGAAGUUGCCGAAAGGGCCUACGCCUCAGGGCAGGAUCCAGAGGAGACAGAGCGUGGCAUAGAGGUCAGCGUGUUUGUGAUCAAGCGUUUGGACUAG